ACCAAGCGGAAGGAGGAGAUGGUGGAGCAUUUAUCAGAGGAGCCCCAAGUUGGUGCUGACUCCGCCCCCAGGCACCCUCCCAAGAGGCCCCUGGUCCGGGGCCGGGGGCCUGUCAGCAGCAUCUUUCGCAGUGCCUUGACCAGCAUCCUGAAGACACCGGCCCUACAGACCCGGCGAGAGCCGAAGAGGAGUGAGGAGCCACAGCCAGACUGGGGGGAGGCGGAGCACCAGGGUUCGAUGGCACCGACCACCAGCCACUCACCCUCAACGCCGCCAAGGUCACAGGCCCCAACCCGGGAGGUCCUUGAGAGGGCGGAGGAGUUGGAUCCCGAAACUGAGGCAGCAUCAACAGUGAGACGUGCCCGCCGCCUGGACAGCACAGACAGCCUGGGGGGGAUGUCACCCUCCGAAGCCAUGGUGCUCCAAUGCAAGAACAUUCCAGCCAGUCUUAACAGCAAGGACAUCCUGGGGGAACAUUUCCGCCAGUUCGGACGUGUGCAGCGGAUCUUCUGCAGGCCCCAGAAGAACCUGGCCAUAGUGCACUUCCACGACCAUGCUUCUGCUGCCAAAGCCAAGAAGAAGGGCAAACUGCUGCGCAGGCAUGAGCUCACCAUCUUCUGGCAGAGGAAGAAGCAGAGUCCAGGAGAGAAGGGCCAAAGGCCUCCAGAUGACCCUGAUCCUCAGAGCCAGGCAGGAGGCUUUGAGUCAGCCCCUGUCUGCAAAGCCCUCUCCAAAUCCACCUCUCCCCUCUUCCACCUGAUUGGCCAGGUAGCUGAAACCGCAGAGGAGAAGUAUCGUCUGCUAGAGCAGCGGGACAAGAUCCUGCGACAGGCUCGGCCCAAGAGGACCGACCUGGAUCUGUCCAAGGUGUUUGUGGGUACGUGUCCUGACAUGUGUCCGGAGAAGGAGCGUUACAUGAGGGAGACCCGGAACCAACUGAGCUCUUUUGAGGUCAUCCCCAACACGGAGAAGGUGGACCACACUGCUGCCAUUAAGGAGUACAGCAGGUCCUCUGCUGACCAGGAGGAGCCCCUCCCCCAUGAACUGCGGCCCCUUACUGUGCUGAACAUGACCAUGAACUACCUGGUUACCCAGGUCAUGGACCAGGGUGAGGACAACUACCGUGACUGGUAUGACUUUGUGUGGAACCGCACACGAGGUAUCCGGAAGGAUAUCACUCAGCAGCACCUGUGCGACCCGCUUACGGUGUCCCUUAUUGAAAAGUGCGCCCGCUUCCACAUCCACUGCGCACACCACCUGUGCCAGGAGCCCAUGAUGUCCUUUGAUGCUAAGAUCAACAAUGAAAACCUGACCAAAUGCCUGCAGAGCCUCAAGGAGAUGUACCAGGACCUGGCCAGCAAGAACAUCUACUGCCCUCAUGAGGCAGAGUUUCGGCAGUACAGCGUGCUCCUGAAGCUCAAUGAUGGAGACAUCCUCCGGGAGGUGCAGCAAUUCCGGGCGGAGCUCCGAAACUCUCCGGAGGUGAAGUUUGCCGUCCAGGCCUUUGCCGCUGUCAACAGCAACAACUUCGUGAGGUUCUUCAAGCUGGUCAAGGUGGCCUCGUAUCUGGCUGGUUGCAUCUUGCACCGCUACUUCGACCAGGUGCGCCGUGAGGCUCUGCGGGCCCUGAAUGUGGCCUACAGCUCCCGUGGUUCCACCACAUUCCCGGUCGAAGACCUGGUCCGGAUGCUCAUGUUCCAGAAUGCCGGCGAGGCUUCGGACCUCGCGCUGCAGUAUGGGCUCGCGGUCGAUGCAGGCAUGGUGGAGCUAAGCCGGACAGCGUACCAGGAGCCUGAGAUCCAGCCACGUCCAAAGCGCUCUGUGGCCAUCGCAAGGAAGCGGGAGGUGCUGGUGGGCCAAGUGGUCAACGGCGCGCCACUGCCCAACCCACCCCAACACACACCCGUCAACAGCUUUGACAGCCGCAACAAGUACCGUGGGGAUGGGCAGCCAGCGGAGGCAGGCAGUGUGCCCAGGGCUGCCUCCCCUCAGAGGCCCCCCAUUGAGCUGGAUGCGCGGGCCCUCCAGCACCGAUCCAAGAUGCCGAGCGACCCAGCGGAGUCAGCUGGCCUCCCUGGUAGAGAGGAGAGUGGAGCACUUGGGGCAUCUCCGUCGGAGGCACCACCAGUCGCCCCACCUACGCCUCCCCCACCGGAGCCCGAGGCCAUGCUGGAGGAGGUAGUGCAGGCCGAGGUGGCUGACGUGGCUGCCACCGAAGCCGAGUACAUCUCUGCUGCACUCAGCAUGUGCAACGGCCAGGUGGAGGCAGUGCUGAGUGAGGUGGUGGAGCAGAUGCUGCGGGAGGUUUCUGCUGCCGAGAUCCAGGCAGAGAGGGAGCAUAUCGCUGAGGAGAAGCGCAGGAUGGAGGAAGCCAGGAGAAAGCAGGAACACGAGGAGCUCCUGGCCCGGCUCAGCAAGACACUGUGUGCCGAGAUCACACAGGAGGUGCUGCGCGACUGCAUCGUGGAGACUGCCUCAACAGAGAUCAGGCGUGCCCAAGAAGAGCAGGCAGAAUGUGUGGCUCGCAGCUCACAAGACGUGUGUGAGGUACUGCUGGAGGAGACGCUGUGUGGUGAGCUCACCCUGCUGGCCCAAGACGUCCUGGAAGCAGAGCUUCUGAGUAUACGCAGGUUCAUCAAAAGGUGGCGUGAUGUGGUGGCCGUGCGCAGGCAGCUGAAGCGACAGAUGCGUGAUUUUCCUGCUGCCCCUGGCUGUGUGGACCCCCGCUUCAGGCUGCAGGCCUUGGCCCCCAGUGCCCCCCCCUCACCCUGCCUGGACAGGCUGGCCCGGGGCGUGGUCAACCUGGGGCACGCUGGGGACCUCUCUGUUUCCUGCACCAGGUUGGCGAAGAUGCGAAGGGAAACCGAGCAUCAGAUGAAGGUUCACUUGUUCUACCAGCAGCUCCUGAGCGAAUCUGUGUGGGGGCCACUGGACCUGCUCAGUCUGGUGGCAGCAAGCGUCUCGAACCCAUCUGACACAAUCUUCUGGAAGGCAGCCCUCUUGUUGACCUUGAGCAUCAGCAGCGGCCUGCGGAGCGUGGGGGAGCGCAUGCACACAGUGCACGUGUGUGUGAAGGUGGCCCGCGGGCCCCUCAGCGAGGAAGGCCAGUUGGCAUUGGAGAAGCGGAAGGGGCUGAUGGGCAUGGGCGCCCUGCUGAUGCUGCUGCCCUCGGCAGUCAGUCCCGGGGCUGAUGAGGAAGACGGGGACAUCUUCCUGUUAUCCGCCCUGCUGCAACUCCGGCAGAUCCAGCAGGCUAAUGCCUGGCCACAGGCCCUUCCUCUGGUGGUGGUGGUCCCAGGGCAGGCUGGGCACAGGGCCAGCGAUGAACGGCUAGAGGAAGACCUGAUGCUUCAGACACUCAUUGAGGAAGGUUUGAUUUCAGAGUACAUGUUCGUCCAUAUCCCCGAGACCACGAACGAACCCCAAGGAUCCGAGCAGAUCCGCCAUGCCGUCAGGUGGCUCGCUGCCCGCUCCACGGCACCAGCCCGGCUCGUCUCGCAGACGUUGGUGCAGGUUGUGGAGGCCGGGCUCUGCCGCGAGUUUGCUGGUAGGCUUCACCGUGAUCGGAGGGACCGUGACAUGGCGGGACUGCCCUCCCAGGGCCCUGCACCCGUCAUCGGCCUCUACAACACUGUCCUGGCUUUCUUGGCUGGCCUUGUGUCGUCCCCGAGUCUGGCUGGCCUCUCCUGGCCCGUGGCAGAGUUCUCGGUGCCAGGGGGUGGUGACUGCCUACCACAUCUGCUCUGGAACUCGGCUGAGCACCUGGAGUGGCUCCAGGGGGCAGUCCUGAGCCUGCGGCUGCCCGACUGGCCGCUGCCAGCCGUGGGGGCUCCUUGGAGCCAGCUGGUUGCCUCCAUCUUCCAGUACGUAUCUCAAAUGCCAUGGUCCCGCCACAGCCAGCCACUCCUUAUGUCCCAGUUGGAGAACCUUUUGGAGAGGCUGCGUCAGGACUGUGUGGGCCGAGGUGGGGGGCCGGACAAGGAGCCCACUUUCUGGGAGGUGCCCUGGGACGAAAUUGUCAUGCUCUGUGUAGAGCACCAACUCCGGGACUGGAACCCUCCUGGGUGCCCCGUGAGUGAAGAUGUCAUCAGUGACGACGGAGAAAUCUCGGUG